UUUACAUACAACAUCCUGCAAUUGGAAAUGAUACAUGCGGUCAGAGUAACUAAAUAAAAAGAAGAGAUGGUGUCGAGGGUUUGCAUAGCUGAUCAACGUCCCUGUUUAUUUUCAUGCUUAGUUUACACCAUUGGAGAAAUCCAUUGUUGACGUAACAGCUCCUCGCCACCCGAUUGGUCACUUUCAUCAUCUACACUCCACUACCCCGUCUUGUUCUGCAGAUCUAUAUGAAUACUCUAACCUUUAUGGGUUUUUCGUGUUUAAAAAUAAGAUUAUUGGACAAAUAAACACACACUUUUAAGGGGAUUAAGAUAAAGGCUAUUUGCGGAGAGUUUCGGUACUAAGAUGGAAAGCCGGAUAAUAUUCGAUUUACAUACUGUAUGUCCCGCGACAUCGUAGAGGUUAUUGUAUCAAAAAAAAAAAAAAAAAAAAAAGGAAACGAAGACAAAAUGGAGAGAACAUCAGCAAAACUCGGAAAUACUUCUACCUCAAAAAUUGACCCAAGCUUUAAAUCCAAGCGUUACCGCGACAAGCUGAGAACAGAAAUCAAGGCUCUAGAGUGUUUGAUACCUGUGGAUCGAUCGUCCCUCCACCGGAAGUUGGACAGCCAGACGGUUUUUCGGCUCGUCAUCUCCUUCCUUCGAAUAAAACUUCUUUUUAAAGCAUACGAAAAAUUCAACCCAUCCAUUAAGAAUGUGAAAACAAGUAGCGAGGAAGAAACAUCUGUAGAACAAUUCUUCUGUGGCAUGAACAUAUUUCAGAUACUAGAUGGAUUUGUGUUGGCGGCGUCUACAGAUGGGACACUGUUGUAUGUUUCGGAUAAUGUUUUACAAUACUUGGGAUUUAAUCAGGUCGAUUUGAUGCAUCGUUGUCUGUACGGAAUUGUGCAUCCAGACGAUCACGAUAAUAUGAAGAACGUUUUAGAGCGGCAGGCCACGGCAUCAGUCGCACAGAUGACCGAUGAUUUCCAUUGUAAUCCAAAGAGUGACAACGUUUCCUUCGUUUGUCGAAUGAAGUGUUUUAAUGGAACCUCAGCUGGAUAUUUGAAAAUUCAUUGCUCUGGCAAAAUUGAGGAUGUUCCAGAAUUUUCACUGAAAAAUAAUCGAAAUAAUCCACAGAUCAUACUCCUCUUCUGUCAGCCAUUUAUGCUAACCGGAAAUGAUCUCACUAACGAUGUUAAACAAAAUGUCUUCUGGAGUAAGCAUGAUAUGGAUCUUACUGUCCGAGAAUUGGACAAAAAAGCAUACGACUUGAUAGGAUACAAUGCCGACGAAUUAAAUGAGGUUACCCUCUACAAAUACGUCCAUCCCGAAGACCUCGUGACUUUUGCUGCCUGUCACAAAACCUUAAUGGAGAGCACCGAUGUGCAGACGAUGUACUUUCGUAUUGAGACUCGGAAUGGUAAAUGGACUUGGUUGCACAGCAGAGGCAAAGUCAUCAGCAAAAAUUCUAAGAAAUUUUCCAUCGUGUUCACGCACUGUCCCGUCCGGGAGGAGGACAGUACAUUUCUACAACAAGAAACAGCACUUCGGCACCGAUACGCCAUUAGUGAUCUCCAGUUCUUUCUCCAGAAUGGCCACUACAGCAACAGUGGACACAGGGCGGACUCCGAUAACCAUAACGAAGACAUUCACGGGAUGCAGAAAGUCAGUAACUUCUGCACACCACACAUGGGUUUCACGGAAGAUGUGUCACUCUCCUUUUACACGCCUUUAGUCACGUGCCCAUCCAGCUGGCACAUGAUGUCGGACCGCCAUUCCCCUGUGUUGCCUUCUACACACGUGGCUCACAAAAUCACACAGCGCGAAAAGCAACUUCAGUUUCAGGAAUUCAAGCGACGACAGCAGAUAGAAAAGAAUGUGAUCAAGACUGAGUACGAUGUCUAUAGUCCAAUGCCGAGCUCUUGUCAGCAGUUCCAUGCUCCGUCCGUUGAUACUUUUGUGACUUUCAAACCAUGCAGCAAUAACACUCAAUUGGUAAAAACCGAACCAAGGGAUAAUUUUCAUACAAACUGUGGUCGUACAAUGAACUAUUCAAAUCUUCCACCAACCAUUUACUUCAAUCCUAACGACCGACCACCGCAACAGCAGUGGAACACCGUAUCACUGCCAAAUUAUCCCGCUGCUCCACCCAAUGUUAAUGUUUAUAACUUCCCACCAUCUCCACCAAAUUCUCCACAGAAAGUUGUGAAUUAUCCUUUCAACCAACAGCUUUAUCAAACUCACGACCCCAGCAACUUAUGUGUUCAUCCGACAAUGCAAACCUUCACGAACCAGUAUAAUAGGCACCAAAGUGGCACUGGCUUUGCUAAUUACACCAACCUACCCAUCAAUCAUGUUCAAAACCAAUACGCCUCAAAUGGUUAUAUGAAAUCUGACAAAGGCGUUAAUUUUUCCGUCCGAUGCAGUGCACCCCAACAAAAUCCACAGUUUCCUCCUCAAGGGAAUAAUUUUGGAGUUUUCCAAAAUACAAGUAACUAUGCUAUCACAACUUUAGCAGGUCAGUCCUGUGCAAUGCCUCAACGGUUCUGUCCCGAUGAUCGAGUGGAGUAUGACAUAGAGGCCUCUAUUCACAUGAAAAUCGUGGAAAAUCCCCGAAACAGACGUGGACCACACUUGAAAGGAGACGUUGAUCUCCCGUCCAUAGGAAGUUUCCUGGAAUACUUAAAUGACUCUUAACAAACAACAGCAGCCGUCCAAAUUACGUCAUUUGUGUGUCUCUGUUACAUCACCUGGUUGUGAACAAAAAGCUUUGGAAACUUGUUUAGUAAACAUUUUAUUUUAAAUAUCUGAAUUAUUUCAAAGUGAUUUAUUGUAUACCAUUGCCACAGAUGGGUUGCAUGCUUAUUCCGUAUACAAAAACUGUUUUAUCUCUAGUUUUUAAUGAAAAAUAAAGUUACUUCUAAUGCUGCUUGCGUAGCAGUAUCAGACCUCCAGUUCCAAAUACUGAUACUUCGCUGAUCUGGCCAAAGGUCCAAAUCCCACUACUUAAUCAUGGAUUGGUUAAUGAUGUGUUCAUGUAAAACAUUCGCAGUAGGGCAAACUAUUUAUUUCGUGUUGUGUAUUACUUUGUGUAUCAAUGCGAUUGAAAAAACGUAUUAAAGAAAUUCUGGUUCAUUUGCAGCCAAU